UUUUGAGAAUCCAAAUUUUUGCGCUGAGCAUGAGUGUCUAAAGUGUGUUCUGAGAGCAGCUCAGCUCUCCUCAGGGAGUUUUACAAUCGGUUCACUUCCGGGAACCGACCUGAUAUUAACAUUGCAAAAUGCAAACAUGAAGAUUUUAAGACAAUCUUCUGCGAAGUUCUCUGCUUUGAUUCUGGGCACUCUUACGCGUGCAAGGAGCUCUACGAGGUUCCCGGCCGUGACCAGGUUGCUGCUGCCCCUCCUCGGGGAGCUCAGCGGCGACCUGGCCCGUCGGUGGCCUCCUCGAGGCGCAUUGUGCGGACAGGUUUUCUGUGCACACACAUAUCGUACUCCACUGUACAUCUCGUGUACGGGCCGUCCCAUAUCUUCGGGUACUUCGUCGGCUGCGACGACCUCCUCUCCGUGGUCCUACGGACGAUAGGUGCCAGGUUCUCUGUUGUGUCAAGUGAGACAGCUCCUAUUGGAGCAGGUGCAUAGGCCGCUUGCUUUGAUCGUACUCGUUGCAUUUGUUAUCUUGUACUUCCAGGCCGCUUGUUUUGUACUUGUUGCAUUGUCUGCUUGUACUUCCAGGCCGCUUGUGAUUGUGCUUGCCGCAUUUGUUAUCUAGUACGAGUUGCUCUCAGCACGUAUCCAAUUUUGACUUUGGUCGCAGUCUGAGUACUCUUUUUUUUCACAACGCAGUGGGAAUCUUCGAGGGGUGGUUGGAAUCGUUUCUUUCGUGAGUUAGAAGUUGCAGUUAGAGUUGCAGUUCGAGUUUCUUCAGUAGUUUGACAGUUUUGUGACAUCGGAGUAACUUGAUAUUGAGGUCUUUGGGCAUCCGAUUUCAUAUUUCGCCUCGAGUGAAGUUCAGAAUUCAUUGUACUUGAUAUUGAGGUCUUUGAUAUUGAGGUCAUACGUCGCCUCGAGUGGAGUUCAGAACUCAUUGCGCUUGAUUUCCACAUACUUCGAGUUAGAACUAUUGUGAUUUGUCAUUGCGUUGCCUUUAUUCAUGCCUGUGUGUGUUGUCGUGCAUGCACGUGUGUUGAAUAAGAGCUUCGCCUGAUCUUUACUUUGUUCGGAUAAGAGCCCGCAUUCGCUCUAAGUAGUGGUGGGUGUCUUGGCUCACUCUGUAUGUUGCGCGUUUAAUUCGUUAUCUAGUCCACAUUUCGACGUCGUGUUUCACGUGCAUGGUCUUCCAGUGGUGCUGAGACGGUAAUCGCUAUAUGUGGUUACUGUAUGGUCUCGCAUUGCUUUGAAGCGCACUCGCUAUUUUAGUUCUCUUAGUUUCGUGUUUGUCUCAGUGGUGUUGAGACGGUAAUCGCUGUAUAAACCAGUGGUUACUGUAUGGUCUCUCACUGCUUCUAGCUUUGCUUCCAUAUCUAUGGCCUGCAUUGCUUCACUCAUUAUAUUGUUAGUUGUUUUCUCGUGUACUUGCAGUCUUGUGCAUUUCUGUACAGCUUCGCUGUUUGAUGCAUCUCUGCUUCAAUCUUUGCAGCUUCGCUGUUUAGGUUCUCUGUGUCCUGGCCUGUUCCCUUGGGAGCUCGAAUCGGCCAACGCAGACAUCGCAGACCAGGUUGACGGUUCACCGCCGGCGCCAGUCGAUACGCUCAGACAACUGGAGCUGACGAAGAUUUCAGAGUUCUGUCGGAUCAAGGACGCCUCUUCGGGCAUGCAUCAGAAGGACGAGAAGGAGGAUACUGCUGCACAACAACAGAAAGAACUCGACCGUCAGGCUAAAAGACUGGCGGCUUUGUUCUCAGAUGAAACGCGGUGGAGGAUUAAUGCGGCUGGCUGUGUAUGGAACUGCGGGGAGACAGUCAAUGUGUAACUAGAUGGUUGACGGGCCGAUAUAAGUGCUUGAACGAAGUGUGCACGCGCACCGUCGCCAGUAUGCAGAACCAGUUGUACUCACUAUGUAAGUGACAUAAAAAACUUAGUCCUGAAGCAGGUCGUGAUAUCUGGAAGUGG